UCGAAAAGCCUUCUUCUUCUUAUAUAUCCUCCUCCUUCUUCUUCUUCAUCACACGAAAUCGUUAGUCAUAUAUGGCUUGCGAUGGUUUUACCUCCUCCAUUCCCAAAGCUGCCACCAAAUCCUGCCUUCUACUUUUAUUUCUUGUGGGAAUGGUGUCUGCCCAGUUAUCCACUACUUUCUAUGAUAAAUCGUGUCCUCGUGCCCUUUCCAUCGUAAAGUCAGCGAUUAUCGCUGCGGUGUUGAAAGAGCCGCGCAUGGGAGCAUCGUUGCUCCGUCUGAAUUUUCACGAUUGCUUUGUUCAAGGAUGCGAUGCAUCAGUGCUAUUGGAUGGCAUAAAUGGAGAGAAAACGGCUUUGCCCAAUAAUAAUUCACUAAGGGGAUAUGACGUAAUAGACUCCAUCAAAUCUCAACUGGAGAAAGAGUGCCCUGGUGUUGUGUCUUGUGCUGACAUCGUAACCCUUGCUGCAAGAGACUCUGUUGUUGCGCUGGGUGGAGCUUCUUGGCAAUGGCAAGUUUUGUUGGGCAGAAGAGACUCUACCACCUCAAACAAAACUGCUGCUAAUAUCGAACUCCCCAGUCCGUUUUUGGAUCUUAAUGGCCUUAUAAGUUCCUUUGCAAACAAAGGUUUGACUGCCAAAGAAAUGGUGACUCUAUCAGGAGCUCACACAAUAGGGAAAGCAAGGUGUAUAGUCUUCCGGGAAAGGAUAUACAAUGAAACCAACAUAGACCCCUUGUUCGCAAAAGUACGACAAUUGAACUGUCCGAGGACUGGAGGUGACGACAAUCUUGCCCCUCUUGACGCCAUUUCCCCAAUUGCUUUUGACAAUUAUUACUACGAGAAUUUGGUAAACAAGAAGGGUCUGCUUCACUCGGAUCAGGAGCUCUUCAAUGGGGGUUCCACCGACUCUCAAGUUAUUGCUUAUAAGCUUAACCCAAAUAGCUUCCAACAAGACUUUAUCAAGGCGAUGCAGAAGAUGAAUAACAUUAGCGUACUUACGGGCAACCGUGGUCAAAUCAGAGAAAAUUGCAGGAAAGUCAACUGAUGAUCAAUUUAAGCCACUUAAUUACUGGGUUAAACAAUAAGAUUAAUUAAGGGGAUAAUAAUAAUAAGAUUAAGAUCAUAUCCCCUCGUUUAGCUGCCCGAAUAAUGCAGAAUAAGAUUGAGCAUAUAUAUAUGUUCACAUAAUAAUUGUACGUGUGCUAGCUUUUGAGUAUUAUUAAAGAAUAAGGGCAUUUGUUUUAUGAUA